AUGAAAGCAUUGCUCAUCCUUGAUAAUGCUCCAGCCCACCCACCUGGUCUUGAAGAUGAUAUUCUGGAGGAGUUCCAGUUUAUCAAAGUUCUCUACCUCCCACCCAAUACGACUUCAAUCCUACAGCCGAUGGAUCAGCAGGUCAUUUCCAACUUCAAAAAGCUGUACACGAAGCACUUGUUCCGCCGCUGCUUUGAAGUGACAGAAAACACAAAUCUAACCCUUCGAGAGUUUUGGAAAGAUCACUACAACAUCGUGAUUUGUCUACGUAUCAUUGACUUGGCAUGGCAAGGGGUAAGAAGACGAACGUUGAACUCUGCAUGGAAAAAGUUAUGGCCUGAUGCUGUUGUAGAAAGAGAUUUCGAAGGGUUUGAGCCCGAGACCGAGCAAGAAGAGUUAGAGGAGAUUGUAUCUCUCGGAAAGUCGAUGGGUCUGGAGGUAGAUGAGGGUGACGUCAACGAACUCGUCGAAGAACAUGAGGAGGAACUCUCAACUGAGGAGUUGAAGGAGCUGCAGAUGAUGCAACACACGAAGGUUCUGGAAGAGAUUAACACGAGUGAGGAGGAAGUGAUUUCUACAGGUGAAAUUAAAGACAUGCUGGCAAUGUGGGAAAAGCUGUCAAAUUUCAUUGAAAAGAAACACCCAGAAAAAGUGGCAACUGGUCGUGCUUCAGCGCUUUUUAAUGACACUUGUUUGUCACAUUUUCGAAGCAUUUUGAAAGGCAGGCAAAAGCAAAGUUCUUUGGAUACAUUUUUAUUGAAAAGAGCUGUGAGUGAAAGUACAGAAAGUGCAGCCAAGAAGGCAAAAACAAGUGAUAAUCAAAUUUACGUUAAUGUUAAGCUUAGUUUAAGUUUAAAGUUAAGUGCAUUGUUUUAA